CGCGGUGGGCUGACCGCCGGGUGGAUUCCAUCCUGCCUGACCCUGCCCGGCCUGACCCUGCCUGGGCGCGCCAUGUUCGCCCGUGGGUCCAGGAGGCGCCGCUCUGGGCGUGCGGUGAGCGAGACUCGGGGCAGCGGUGGGAGGCAGGGGUAAACUGAGGCGCAGGAGAGCGGGCAGGGGAUUGGGAUAGGGAGGAGGUGCUCCACCGAGGAUCUGGGAAUCCCCAUCCACAGAUUCCUAGAACAGAGGGGUCAGGGCUGCUGGAAGCGUGUGGAUUAAGGAAGAGAGAUCUGGUGGCACCUGCUCCCUAAUCACCUCUCUGCACACUUCUAUCAGCACCCUCAGAGACCUGAUGGGCUCCCCUCUCAUGUGAAUUCUGGGAGGGGAUUCUGAGGGCCAAAAGACUGGAUCCUAGGGUCCUGGAUUGAGUAAAGACCUCCUGUGCUUCUGAGGGAAGGGACUUCCCCUGUACCUUGGCAGAAGGUGAUCUUAAGGGUGAGGUCCUACACUCCUGGGGUGCCUGAAUAUUAAGGGUCUGGGGAUUGGGAUUUGGGGAACGAGGGCUACCAGGCUUCUACUUGAGCCAGGAGCUUUCUGACUUCUUAGUGGGGUAGCUCUUCCUUUGGAGGGGGUUCUUAAGUGGGGUCUGGGUUUGGUGUUCCAGAGGAGUGAAUAGCCCUAGGAUAUGAAGGGUAAAGGCCAAGGCUUCUUGGGAUCAGGAUUACUGAAUGGAUCAGGGGCUUCCUGAGAUCCUGAGGGAGGGUCUCCAACUCCUUAGGUAUGAAAAGGGGAAGCCAGGGUUUUGAGGACAGGCUGUUGAGAUUCAGAAAAGAGGCUUCAGGGAUCCCUGGGUGGCACAGCGGUUUGGCGCCUGCCUUUGGCCCAGGGCACGAUCCUGGAGACCCGGGAUUGAAUCCCACAUCGGGCUCCCGGUGCAUGGAGCCUGCUUCUCCCUCUGCCUAUGUCUCUGCCUCUCUCUCUCUAUCUGUGUGACUAUCAUAAAUAAGUAAAAAUUAAAAAAAAAAGAAAAGAGGGGAGGGUUCAUGUUGGGGAUCCCAAGUAAGGAUGGGGCCUCAGACUCCUACCCUGUGGAACUGGAGUGCCUCUGGCCUCCUGGGUGGAGAAGGGGCCAGGAUGAGGCCUGGGAGGAGACACCCAGUUUUGGGACUCUGUGGUCUGGUGGGGAGAGUACUCUGAGUUCUGGGGGGAGGUGUUUGAGGCCUGGAGGAGUUAGAGGCUGGUGGGAUGUGUCCAAGGCUGGGUGAGGGGAAGGGAAUUCCCUGAAAAACGGGUAUAUGGGGAGGUGGCCUCAGCUGCCCCGCCUCUACCUCAGUUGUGUCCUCCUUCCGCGCUUUUGGUGCUGUCCCAGCCUGCCCAGCGCUGCCCUGGUGGGACAGGCCCCAGCGUGUGGUUGCGGGCUUGGAGUGGAGAGGAGGGCGUUGACUUCUCUCUCCCCGCCCCCGCGCCGUGCCUGUUCCCACGUCUGCCCCCACCCACUUCAGCCUCCAGAGUUGGAGGACCCAGAUCGUGGCCAGCCCUGCAACUCCUGCAGGGAGCAGUGCCCCGGCUUCCUGUUGCAUGGAUGGAGAAAGAUCUGUCAGCACUGCAAAUGCCCAAGGGAAGAGCAUGCUGUUCAUACGGUGCCUGUGGACCUGGAACGUAUCAUGUGUCGCCUAAUCUCAGACUUCCAGCGCCACUCCAUCUCUGACGAUGACUCAGGCUGUGCCUCGGAGGAGUAUGCCUGGGUGCCUCCUGGGCUCAAGCCAGAGCAGGUAUACCAGUUUUUCAGCUGCCUCCCAGAGGACAAGGUCCCCUAUGUCAACAGUCCCGGGGAAAAAUACAGGAUCAAGCAGCUGCUGUAUCAGCUGCCCCCACAUGACAGUGAGGCACAGUACUGCACAGCGCUGGAAGAGGAGGAGAAGAAAGAGCUCAGAUCCUUCAGCCAGCAGCGGAAGCGGGAGAAUCUGGGCCGUGGCAUGGUGCGCAUCUUCCCCGUGACCAUCACUGGAGCCAUCUGUGAGGAGUGUCUCUCUGUCACUUGGCAGUGCGGGAAACAGAUUGGAGGUGGGGACAUCGCGGUGUUUGCAAGUCGAGCGGGCCUGGGUGCCUGCUGGCACCCGCAGUGCUUUGUGUGCUGCACAUGCCGCGAGCUGCUGGUGGACCUCAUCUACUUCUAUCAUGCUGGCAAAGUCUACUGUGGCCGCCACCAUGCCGAACGCCUGCGCCCACGCUGCCAAGCCUGUGACGAGAUCAUCUUCUCCCCUGAGUGCACGGAGGCUGAGGGCCGGCACUGGCACAUGGGCCACUUCUGCUGCUUUGAGUGUGAAGCAUCGCUAGGAGGCCAGCGUUACGUUAUGCGUCAGAGCCGCCCCCACUGCUGUGCCUGCUAUGAGGCCCGCCACGCAGAGUACUGUGAUGGCUGUGGGGAACACAUUGGCCUGGACCAGGGCCAGAUGGCGUAUGAGGGCCAGCACUGGCAUGCAUCCGACCGCUGCUUCUGCUGUAGUCGCUGUGGACGAGCCCUGCUGGGCCGCCCCUUCCUGCCACGCCGUGGUCUCAUCUUCUGCUCCAGAGCCUGCAGCCUGGGGUCCGAGCCCACGAGUUCGGGGACUUCGGGGACCAGCCGCCAGAGCUGGAGUGCGGGCACAGUCUCUGCACCUCUCACAGCCUCCAAGGCCUCUUUCUCGGCUGCAGAGGAGGAGGCAGCAGAGACCGCCACCAAAGGAACUAGCACGGAGCCAGAGCCUGUUGCGGGCCCUGAGGAGCCUGCCCACUUUCUCAGGGGAGCCCCCCACCGCCACUCCAUGCCAGAGCUGGGUCUCCGCGGCGCCCCCGAGCCACCCCCAGGACUCCCCAGCCAGCCUGACCCACCCCUGGAAGAUGGUGCCUUUGGUCGCCAGAGCACCCCCCGCGUCAGCUUCCGUGACCCUCUGGUAUCCGAGGGAGGCCCGCGGCGGACCCUGAGUGCACCCCCAGCCCAGCGUCGCAGGCCACGCAGUCCCCCACCUAGGGCCCCCACCCAUCGCCGUGGCAUCCACCGCCGCCACCACCACCAUCACCAUCACCGCCGCCACUCUGGCAGACAUCGCCACCACCAGUGUGACUUGGGAUCGGAGUCGGACUCCGGAUCUUGCUCCAGCUCGCCUUCUAGCCCCAGUUCUGAGUCCUCAGAGGAGGAUGGCUUCUUCCUAGGAGAGCGCAUCCCGCUGCCCCCACAUCUGUGCAGGCUCAGGCCUGCUCAGGACAAUGCAACUGGAACCCCCAAAUCCCCAUCUCCACAGCUCCCCAGGAGCUGGCGCCCAGGGAUGCCUCGCCAGACCAGAGACAAGAACUGCAUUGUGGCUUGAAGGCAGCGUAGUCCUGGAGGGCUCCAUUGUCAAGUCAGCAUAGAUGAUCCUGUCUCCCAACCUGAGUCAUAAAUCCCCUUCCUCCUUCAUCUGUUUGUGUUAAUGAAGUAAUUUAAUAUUUGUUGUAAAACAGGCCUGGCUUCUUUACCUCCUUGCUCCAGCUGUCCUCCCUGACUUCCCCACUCCUGAUGUUUGAGAUUUAUCCACAUUUGAUCAAAAGAUUAAUUUAUUCAUUA